AUGUAUAUAGGGGUAGACAUCCCGACACUAAGUAAUUGCCACAAAUUUAACGGGCAAAUUUUGUCGGUUCCAUUUCGAGCAUUUACGGUACUCUCCUGUGGCCAUAUACUUCAUCGAACUUACAUCCAGGAAAUUAUUAUGGGAACUGAAGCAAAAUGUCCGGCAGUAAAGUCUCAACGAACGCAAUCAAAUACUAUAAUAUUACAAGACGAUCAGACUCCACCACCUACUGCACCCAUACAAAGCCAGUCAAAUCGAACCAACGAUGAGCAAGAUCGAGAACCAGCACCUCUGAAUAAAGUACAAGGUUUGAUAACCGAACUAUCCACACCCACUAAAGGUGAAUCUGACGAUGCCGACGAGAAUGAGAUACCUGAUGGAUCAUUAUCCCAAGGUUUGGCCCGGCUAUACCAAAAAGCGAUCAAAGCAGAAAAACGCGUGACUAUGCAUAUCAAGGGGAAAUUUGGAGGUGUUACUAUGCGGAAGGGUUUGAAAAAUGGGUUAAAGAAAUUAUGA